AGAAAGAUGGUAGCCAUGGAGGAGAGGAGGAGACAGGCUGGGCCGCCAUGUUCCUCGCGACCUUAAUUUACUCCUCCAAUGGCCGCCGCUGCUGCGAAACGCGGAGAAUUCUCUUCCAAUUUAAAGCGCCCCAUCUGUCCAUCUUCUCCACCACCACUAGCAUUCUUCUUCUCCAUCCAUCCAUCCAUCCAUCUACGCGUAGAUUUUGCUUUUCUUUGCUUUGCUUUCCAGUUGUAAUUUUGUGUACGAGUACAGCACAAGCUCAGCUCAGCUGCUUCAGCUAUAAAAGCUUCUCACUCUCUCACACACACACUCUCUCUCUCUGCUAGCUCAGCUCUAGAUCCAGCAAUGGCGCCUCCUCCGGCUGCAGCUGCGGCGUUGGCGGCGUGCAUUCUCGCCGUCGCCGCCACCCUCGCCGGCGCCGACGACCCCUACCGCUUCUUCACCUGGAACGUCACCUACGGCAGCAUCAACCCUCUCGGCUCCACCCCGCAGCAGGGCAUCUUGAUCAAUGGCCAGUUUCCUGGGCCGCGAAUCGACUGCGUGACGAACGACAACAUCAUCGUGAACGUGUUCAACAACCUGGACGAGCCGUUCCUCCUGACAUGGAAUGGCAUCAAGCAGCGCAAGAACUCGUGGCAGGACGGCGUGCUGGGCACCAACUGCCCAAUCCCCCCUGGCGCCAACUACACCUACAAGUUCCAGGCCAAGGACCAGAUCGGCACCUUCGUCUACUUCCCCUCCGUCGCCAUGCACCGCGCCGCCGGCGGCUUCGGCGCGCUCAACGUCUACCAGCGCCCGGCCAUCCCCGUCCCGUACCCGCCGCCCGCCGGCGACUUCACGCUCCUCGUCGGCGACUGGUACAAGGCCGGGCAUAAGCAGCUGAGGCAGGCGCUCGACGCCGGCGGCGGUGGCGCGCUCCCGCCGCCCGACGCGCUGCUCAUCAAUGGCAUGCCGUCGGCGGCGGCGUUCGUCGGCGACCAGGGGAGGACGUACCUGUUCAGGGUGUCCAAUGUCGGGGUGAAGACGUCCGUCAAUGUCAGGAUCCAGGGGCACUCGCUGAGGUUGGUGGAGGUGGAGGGGACGCACCCGGUGCAGAACGUGUACGACUCGCUCGACGUCCAUGUCGGCCAGUCGGUGGCGUUCCUCGUCACGCUCGACAAGGCGGCGCAGGACUACGCCGUCGUGGCGUCCGCGCGGUUCAGCCCGGGCGCGUCGCCGCUGAUGGCGACGGGGACGCUGCACUACAGCAGCGCCGUGUCCAGGGCGCCCGGCCCGCUCCCGGCGCCGCCGCCGGAGCAGGCGGAGUGGUCGAUGAACCAGGCGAGGUCGUUCCGGUGGAACCUGACGGCGAGCGCGGCGAGGCCCAACCCGCAGGGGUCGUUCCACUACGGCACCAUCGCGACGUCGAGGACGCUGGUGCUCGCCAACUCCGCGCCGGUGCUCGCCGGGCAGCGCCGGUACGCCGUCAACGGCGUGUCGUUCGUCGUCCCCGACACGCCGCUCAAGCUCGUGGACAACUACAACAUCGCCAAUGUCAUCGGCUGGGACAGCGUCCCGGCGAGGCCCGACGGCGCGGCGCCGCGGUCGGGGACGCCGGUGGUGAGGCUCAACCUGCACGAGUUCAUCGAGGUGGUGUUCCAGAACACGGAGAACGAGCUGCAGUCUUGGCAUCUCGAUGGAUAUGACUUCUGGGUUGUUGGGUAUGGCAAUGGUCAGUGGACUGAGAAUCAGCGGACAACCUACAACUUGGUUGAUGCGCAAGCGAGGCAUACAGUUCAGGUUUACCCGAAUGGAUGGUCGGCAAUCUUGGUGUCAUUGGACAACCAGGGGAUGUGGAACCUGAGGUCGGCGAACUGGGACCGGCAAUACCUCGGCCAGCAGCUGUACAUGAGAGUGUGGACGCCGCAGCAGAGCUUCUCCAAUGAGUACAGUAUCCCGACCAACGCCAUACUCUGCGGUAGAGCUGCCGGCCUUGGACACUGAGGAAGAUGAUGAAGAAGAAAUUCAGAGUUGCAUAGUUCGAUCCAUCCUUCGUCGUUUGGUAUAUGUCUAGUAGAAUAAGUCAUACUACUACUACUAUAGGUGAAAGUGAAGAUGAGAAUUCAGAAUUACGAUUUCGGAUAUAUGUUUGUUGUAGCUAAAACUGAUGUGCUAUUCUUUGAUCAUAUGUCAGUGUUUUUCUCUUGAGUUUGUAGCCUGUGGACAAGGCCUCAGGCUUAAUGGUGCAGAGUGCUCUGUUUCUGAUGCCGCAUCAAUCUAUUAUUAUGCUAUUCAGUGAUGUUUUUACGACA